AUGCAUCAAGUUUCUUCACAACGCAUGCCAGACCAUACUGUGUUUUCUGUCAAUGAGAAAUAUUUACUAGUGUUUCUUUCAUCAAGUACAGCUAUUUGGUCUUCAUUUGGCUCACCAAUCUAUUAUCCAGCUCUACAAAUCUUAGAAGGUUAUUUCCAUAUCGAUCAGGAGUUGGUGAAUGUUUCUGUUGUCGUCUAUAUGGUCUUUCAAGGUUUAUCACCAACUUUCUUUGCUGCAUUUGCUGAUAAGUAUGGAAGAAGACCAGUGCUUUUAGUAUGUUUGGUAAUAUUUAUUGGUGCUUCUAUAGGUCUUGCAGUCUCAAACUCUUACGCACUGAUUUUAGUAUUAAGGUGUAUUCAAUCGGCUGGUAUAUCACCAGCUAUUUCUAUAAGUUGUGGUGUUAUUGGUGACUACACUCUCCGUCAUGAAAGAGGUUGGUAUGUUGGUUUAACAACUGGAUUUACACUAAUGGGUCAAGCAUUUGGGUCCUUAAUCGGUGCUGGGUUGAUUGCAGGUUUUGAUUGGAGAGCAAUCUUCUGGUUUUUAGCUAUUGGUGGUGGUGUUGUGCUUAUCCUCGACUCUCUAUUGUUACCAGAAACUAAAAGGUCCAUUGUUGGCAAUGGUUCCAUAAAACCAAAGUCCAUUAUUAACAAAUCUCCAAUAUUAUUAUUACCAAAUAUACAAAGAAAAUGGCGUUUGAAUGAACCUGAUUUAUCAACAAAAGCUGAACAAGGGAAGAUCGACUUGUUGAGCUCCAUUAGAAUUCUUGGUGUUCCAGAAGUCUCACUUUGUUUGUUGACAGGUGCUAUACAUUUUGCACUUUGGACUGUACAGCUUACAGAACUAAGUGAUCAAUUAUCUAAGGGUUAUGGCUAUUCAGUGAUGAAGAUCGGUUUAUGCUAUUUGCCCGGUGGUAUUGGUGGUUUAUUUGGCUCAUUUAUGUCUGGUCGUUUAUUGGAUUGGUAUUACAGGAGAUCUUUGAAGGAAUUUGAGGAUAGACAAAAAGCUGGACUAACUGGUGAGAAAGAAGUAUUCAACCAUUUCAAAACUCGUAUUAAGAUUGCAGUUCCUUAUGCUUUAAUGACUGACCUAUUUACAAUAAUGUUCGGUUGGUGUUUAGACCAAAGAGUUCAUGUUGCCAGUGUUUUAGUCAGUGCUUUCUUCAUCAGUUAUGGUUGCAUGGGGGUCAAUGGAAUAAAUACCACAUUGUUGAUUGAUUUAUAUCCCUCCAAGAGCUCUGCUGCAACUUCUGCUGUUAAUUUAACAAGAUGUAUUACAGGUGCUGUCUUCAUCGCUGCAUUGGCUUCUAUGAACAAAAGCAUGACAGUUGGAGGAACAUUCACACUCUUAGCAGCCUUAGGUGCUGUAGCUGCCUUAUUAUUACUUAUACCAUUAAAAUAUGCUUCUGGUUGGCAAUUAAAGAGAAAAGAAAGAGAAGAAGCUCGCAAGUUGAAAGCCGUCAAUGCUACCACAAAUUAA